CACUACUGCGCCUACUGCGCCAUCUAGCAGAAAUAUCCAUUGAUUAUUGACAGCCAUUUUUCUGAGAGAAUUGCAUUCCGGUAAAUUUUUCAAUAAAUAUUCUUAGGUGAUUUUAUUAAUUAAAUACGAUAAAAGGUAUGUCGAAAACUGUAAAAAAGAGUGAAAAGGUGCAGAAGGAAGAGGAGGUUGUUAAAAUUAACAAAUGGGAUGGAUCAGCAGUGAAACAUGCCAUUGAUGACUCUGUAAAGACUGCUCUGCUGGAAAAAAAUUGCGAGGAGCACUUUGGGUUAGUUGAUGGACGAUUAUUUAUAUGCAGUUUGGCUGUUAUUAUUGCUCUGGUAGCUCUCGGAUGGGAUCAUCAAUAUCCAUUUCCUCAGUCCAAACCCGUAUUAAUCGUCUGCGUGGCAUCAUACUUUGUUCUAAUGGGUAUCCUCACGCUUUACACGACUUUCUAUGAGAAAGGAAUCUUUGCCGUGGCUACCCAGAAGGAUGGCAAGAACACAAAAGUGUGGCAAGCAAGUUCAGAAAUGAAGAAAUACGAUGACAAAUACUGCCUGAGUCUCACAGUAAAAGAUUCCCGUGGUAUCCGGGAAGCUUCCAUUGUCAAAUCUUGCGCUAACUACAUUGAUUCCAAUGGUGUGGUACUUAAUGAUCUGGUUGCCAAUGAGCUGGGUCGCCUUUACAACUCUCUUAAUGCUGAAAAGAAGGAAAAAUAGACAUCAAAAGGUAUUAUAUUGAAUUCUUUUUUUCCCCUUUCUCAAAUAAGACACAAAUAAAAACCUCCAUCACCAAGAGAAAAA